AUGGCGGUGGAUCCGAGACAGGUGCUGGGUGCCUUCCUCACCCUCUCCAUGUUUGCCAUGCUUAGUAACAUGGUCAAGCGAGAUUACUUCGACUCUUCCGAGGUAAUGACAACACCCUUCUUCUUCUUCCUUUCUCUUGCUCGCAGGGUUUUGAUCUCUUUCAGCAUUUGGCUGGGUCUGAUUUCAUGUCAAACCGACGGUGCUGCUGUGCAUGUGGCUGCUUCACCCGAUAGGUGUCGCCAGGGAUCUUGUCUUCUCUCACAUCAGGGGAGAGUCCUCGAAAUCGAGCCUAACCCUGUUCACCUCCAUUACACCCACUGGAUUUUAUGUCGUUCGAGCGACUGGUUCGUCCUUCAGCAAGGUUUAUCUAGCAUUGGCAAUGGACUCCGAAUGGAAGUAGCCUCCCUCCGAAGACAGACCAAAACCCGUCCCCUCAAUCCCUUCUACUCGAGACCUUCAGUACGAUUCUUCAUGUCGAUCAGUCUUAGGCGGACUGCGUUCGAUCCAUUUCCGGACGCCGUCCUCAGUUUUUCCGUUAAAAGAAGGAAUGCUGAGCCAGGUACAGAAUGAACAAUUGAGAUCAUCUUGGUGAGAGUUGCUAUCCGUUUCCUUUAAGAUUUUCAGUUCGAAAAUCCCAAGAUCCACGGCGCUUCUCUGAAGAAAUGCAGUCGAUGAUAUGCUACGGGCCGGAUUUCACUGCGAAUCAGCUCGAUCUUUUCAUUUCCUUUUUUUUUCUUGACCAACCAAAAAAUGCUGCGCGUCUUGCAUCCUCCCAGCUGGUUACAAAAUCUGCUGGUAUAAGAUCUUCGGCAUGUGAUCGAUCGUCGUCCACAGGUGGGCUUCCAAGGUGUCUCGAGUGUUCAGUUUGGGGUGAUCAGGGUCGAAGAUAAAGGUGUCGACGACCUUCCGUCUGCCAGCAAGGGGCCUUGGAGGGAGCGAGACCCGGAGCUGAAACCUUGCUGGACGAAGCCGUCCCCAUGUAAGUUUCCUCUACCAUAUGAAGAAACUCAGAGUGAUUAAGCUCUCGGGUAAUUGAAUCCCUUUUUUUCUUCCUCGACUCGGUCUGCAUGCGAAUUCAGUGCCAGCAAAGUCAAAGGGCUACAUCACAUUUUCGUUGACAAAUGGUCCUGGGCAUCACGAGCUACAGGCAUGCGGCUUCUUCCGAUCAUUUUUAUUCCCUAUAAUUAUCACCAGCACAGAUUAUUAUCUCGUGAUUAUAUCUGGCGUUUCAGAUGGCGGAUGCGGUGGUCGUUGCAAGGUUCUUAGGGGCGGCGCUGGUUCUUCCAGAGAUCAGGGGGAGGGAACUCGGGCAGCAGAGGUGAUUCGCCCCUUUGGAUUAUAAUCGCUUCGUCAUGCGCACAAUUCAUCUUCUUCAGCGAGUCAAGAUGGUCGCAUCUUAUUUGCAGGGCCUUUGGAGAUGUUUACGAUGUUGGGAAGCUGAGGAGCAGCCUGGAUGGCGUUGUCGAGGUGAUUGAGGAGCUCCCGGGUGAAGUAGCUGUAGAGCAUCCAGCCGUCGUGAGGAUCCCUGAUGGAGUUACAGAGGGAUAUAUUUCGAGCAAUGUGGAACCCAUUUUCCGGAAGAAAGGCCACCUGAGGCUUGCAGUCUUCUUCCCUCCGGGGAAGAAGAAUCUGAGGGCGGGCUCAAGACCCAGAGAGGAGCUCGAUUCUCUCAGAUGCUUGGCUAGAUUUGGAGCGCUUGAGCUGAGCCCGGAGAUGCAGGAGGUGGCCGUCUCUAUGGUUGACCGGCUCAGAGCCCCCGGCCAGAAGACGGAUGGCCAUUUUGUCGCCGUUGACCUGAGAUUGGAGGUCUUGGACGGCAAGAGCUGCAAGGAGGAAGCCGUCCGGGGAAGGAGAAGCUGUUACAGUCCACAAGAGGUGGGGGAGUUCUUGACGAGGGCCGGCUUUGAUGCGGGCACCACCGUCUAUCUGACCCAGACCUGGUGGCACGAAAGUCUCGAUGCUCUGAAGGGAAUGUUCCCAAGAACGUUGACCAAGGUGGGAAAUUUCUCUCUCUAAGACUGAAACCAUGAUUCUUCUGAGAAACCCACCGAUGAGAUAUAGAUACCCAGUUUGGGGGCUAACGAAUCUCUGGUUUCCGAAUUUGCAGGACGAUAUAAUCCCCCCGGAGAAGAAGCGUCAGAUCCUCAGCUCGGGGGGGGAUGACCUGGGGAAGGUUCUCGAUCUCUACAUUUGCUCGCAGAGCGACGUCUUCUUGCCUGCCGUACCAGACCUCCCCUUCCACGGCAGCGUCGUCGGAAGAAGGAUCGCCGCCGGCAGGACGCAGAUACUCUCGCCGUCUUCUUCCCCGCCGGAGUUCAUAUCCGCCGCCGUCUCCGGCGGAGGCCACGAGGCGCUUUCCUGCUACUGCUGA